UCAUUUUGCUCUGUUUCAUCGAAGUUAUCUUUUUUCGCAGAAACCCUAAUCUCUGUUUCUCAAUCCUUUCCAUGGUUUCUUCUUCUUCUUCUUCCCCAUCAAGGAAAACCAUGAAAAUCAAGUCAACGGUGCUGGUCGACGCUGUCUCGUGGUACUGUUCGGUAGCUUUACUGGUCUUAAUACUGAUAGGGUCAAUCAGGGCAAGCUCUGUAUCGGAUGAUGAAGAACCAGUGAGAGGCACUCGGCUCGUGAACCGACCCUGCGAUGAAAUAUAUGUGGUGACCGAAGGGGAGACGCUUCACUCCAUCAGCAACAAGUGCGGCGACCCCUUCAUCGUCGAGCGCAACCCGCACAUCCACGAUCCCGAUGAUGUUUUCCCCGGUCUUGUUAUCAAGAUCAUCCCUUCUGCUAGUAGGAAGCUUUAGAAUCAGCUGUAGUACACACACAUAUAUAUACAGAGAAAGCUUGUUGAAAUUAA